UUGAAGCUGGCAAACGAUUCGAACACUGCUGGGGGUGGCCCUGAGAGGCCACCACAGCGGGAGCAAGCGCAACAACAGGAACAGCCAAACAACAAUCAGGAAGCAGCAGCUGGAGGAAGGGCCAGCAAUCAGAAUGGUCCCCCGGAAGCAGCGGCUUGUGGUCCGCAAGAAUGGAACGCCAACAAUAAUGGCCCUAGUGGCGGUAACAACAACAACAACAGUAACAAUCCCCAGAAUCCGAAUAAUCAGAACGCAAAUAACGAGGAAUGCGAUCGGUUCAGUUUCGAAGAUUCCGACCGUUUCGAGGAGGACUCGCUGUGCAGUUGGAGCUCCGAGCCGGAAAGUGUUUGUAAUAACUGGCGUGGUUGGAAGAAACCCGCUGGUACCUUGAACACGUUCGGUGCCAAUGGAAAUCGGAAGACGUCCGAUGGAGAUGUGACGACACUGACAGAACUGGCGGCCCGCUGUGUCGCCUCAUACAUCCCAUUUGAGCUGGUGGAACAUGUGUACCCACCAGUACCGGAGCAGCUACAGCUGCGAAUCGCUUUCUGGAGCUUUCCGGACAACGAAGAAGACAUUCGAUUGUACUCCUGCUUGGCAAACAGUUCCGCCGACGAGUUCCAUCGAGGCGAGCAGUUGUUCAAGAACAGAGCGGUUAAGGAUCCGCUGCAGAUAGGAUUUCACCUGUCGGCAACCGUUGUCGUGACUCAACCCCGGAAUCAAUUCAAUGUAGCUGUAACCUUUGACAGACGACGAAUUUCCUCCUGCAGCUGUACUUGUGUGCCCGCCGCGUACUGGUGCUCGCACGUAGUGGCUGUUUGCCUUCAUAGAAUUCAUUGUCCCACGAAAGUUAGCUUACGCGCUCCCGUCUCGGAAUCGCUCUCCCGAUUGCAACGCGAUCAACUGCAAAAAUUUGCUCAGUAUCUUAUAAGCGAACUGUCUCAGCAAAUUCUUCCGAUCGCACAACGGCUACUGGAUGAGUUACUAAGUUCUCAACCGACGACCAUCAACACAGUAUGUGGAGCACCAGACCCGACGGCUGGGGCCUCCGUUAACGAUCAGACCAACUGGUAUCUGGAUGAUAAGACUUUACACGACAACAUAAAGAAAAUUCUGAUCAAAUUCUGUCUACCGACGCCUAUGGUAUUCAGCGAUGUGAAUUACUUGACCAACUCGGCUCCGCCGGCGGCUGCCGAGUGGAGCUCCUUACUACGUCCUCUGAGGGGCAGGGAACCCGAGGGUAUGUGGAAUUUGCUGUCCAUAGUACGGGAAAUGUACAGACGCUGUGACAGAAAUGCGGUACGAUUGCUGGAGGUCAUAACCGAAGAAGUUAUGGCAUGCGAUCAGAUUUUGGUAUGGUGGUUCAACAUCAAACUGGCCCUGUUGGUAGGGUCUAAUGGACAUGGUGGAGGUAAACACAGUAAUACUCAUUCGAAUUCGAAUGCGACUCAGCAUGCGUGUGCUUCGCUGUGCGAUGAAAUUGUAGUUUUGUGGAGAUUAGCCUCGUUGAAUCCCGGAUUGGCACCUGACGAGCGGGACAUGCUGCACGCGCAGUUCACGACGUGGCACCUGAAGAUACUGGAUCGGGUAGCGAAAAAUAUGGUAGCUUCUUCUUCGCACAGUAGCAAGCAACAGCAGAAUUUAAGGAAUGAUGCCGAAUUGUUUGCUGGAUUUAAACCGGCAAUCGAAGCUUGCUAUCUGGACUGGGAAGAUUAUCCAAUCGAGGGUAUAACGCACACACAGGACACGAACCCAAUGUACCACUGUCCGUUCACCUGUUUCAAGCAGAACAGCGAGUCGAAAGCUGAAUCCUGUCCGGGACUUGUCAACUCGAGCCAAGCGAUAUUACAAAACAACGUGAAGCAAUUUCAACAGAUGCCACAUCAUCACCAUUUCAGUCAUCAUCAUCAUCAUGGUCAUGGUACGAACCACGGUAGUACAGCAGUCGCGUCCACCUCAUCCAGUUCAGGUGUUGGAGGAGGAUCUGGUAGUGCGGCAAUUAUCGUUAAUACUAGCAAUGGGAUGGCAAUUGCCAGUAGUAGUAGCAAUUCCGGAGCAGUCAAAUCUCAUCACAGACGUGACUACCGGCACCGUGAUCGUUGCUAUGGGUCUAGCAACAGCAGUAGCGAUAGUGUCCCCGAUCGUUUUAAGGAGGCGACGGGAGGUUCUUCAAAAAUUGAACACCACUUAUCGACAGCUGUUGGCAGUGGAAAUACUGGCGGGAAUCGGUCUAGUGUUAGUAGUGAAGGAUUUUGUGAGAACGAUGACGACGUGAAUGUGACUGAUGAUUUACCUGUUCCGGGAGUCAUCAAGAAAGACGAAAUCGUAAGUGACUCGAAUAGUUCUUCGUCGAGUUUGGAAGAAAGUGCGACGAAAUUUGCGACUAACGAACCAUCGGACAGUAGCGAUGCUAACAGCAUUUUGAAUGACAUGAACAACUAUGAAAUCUCUGGCAAUAUAAAACUAUUCGAGAUUUAUAAUCAGGAUGUGCUACCGGGAACGUCUAGUUCUCCAUAUUCAUCCUCUCCUUCAACAGCUACUACCGCUACAAAGGUCAUCCCAGUCGACGCUAACCGAACAAGUCCGAACAGACAGCAUUCGAGCGAGAGCACUGGUAAACAGCAUACGGGUUCUGCUAAGGACCUAUCGCCCGAUUCAGAUCGAAACGCACGAAGACCUUCGAAAGAUGAAAGUCUUUCUAGCUCGGACAGCCAACAAAAUAUAGACGAGUAUAAUAUGUACUACUAUGAUUCGAAGCAAGCACAGGCUCAGCAGCAGCAAGAAAUUUUGCAAAGACAACGGCAACCGUUGGAACCGAAACAACAGCCGCAGCAAGUUUUCUCCAACCUAAAACCUACGGAAGACGCUUGGGACAUACUAUUUGCCCGGGCUGAGGGACUACAUGCUCACGGGCAUGGUCGGGAGGCCUGUACGUUGGGCGUUCGUCUAGCGGAGGAAAUGCUGGCAAAUCCUCCAAAUUUGAUGAUCGAACUUCCACCUCCACCGAAGAAGAAGGGCAAAAAGCAUAACAUCAAUCCAAUUUCUCAUCAACUUAGUGUACUGGCGUCGGCUACGCUGGCAAAGUGUGCUUUCCUGUGUACUGUACUGGCGGAAAACUCUGAACACUAUCAUCUGGCGUUCCGAGUUUGCUUGUAUGGGUUGGAAAUGUCACGUCCCCCGGCAAGUACAAAACCCUUAGAGGUCAAACUUGCUAACCAAGAAUCGGAUUUGUUGGCCCUGCUAAAACGUAUUCCCCUCGGACACGCUGAGCUGAAAAUCAUUCGAGAUAGAGCUGAAGCCCUGCGGGAUGGUACGUUGAAAUCACGCGGCGAAGCUCUACUGCCUAUCAUGUUGGCUAGCUUUAUAUUUGAAGCGUUGGUAAUGCCAAGCAUCAUCGGUAGGGAAAAUCGAAUGAAAGUUAUGAGUCAAUCGUUUCGAAUGCCAACCGACGAAAAUCUCGGAUUUGAAGCGGCUGUUGCUGCUCUAGGUUUGAAAGCAAAUGUGUCCGAAGCGGAGCAUCCUCUACUUUGCGAAGGAACUCGACGCCAGCGAGGAGAUCUCGCUUUAACAUUGCUUGCUUACUACAAAGAUGAACCGAGAAAAAUCUGUCGCGUGAUGGAGAAAUUGUUGGACCGGGAGAUUCAUUCACUGAUCAAAACGCCACUGCUCCCCUCAUACUAUUCAAACAAUCCGCCGACACGCAGUCAGACUUCACAGCUACGAAUGGAAGAGUACGAAUCAAGUACCCAACAGCUGUAUGGGGGUGGAGAACUACAGCAACCACAUCAUCCCGGAUUGCCACAGAAUGACUUCAUCGUAAACAGUCGACCCCAAAGUAGCACAAGUGCCGAAAUGGAAAUUGGAAUUGGUGCGCUGAACUUGGGUCAACCACAACCAAUGCCGGCUGGACCAGCUCCUGGUCCUUCAAACACUCAACCGAUCAUGUCAGGACCCCCUGGUAGUGUAGCUGGAUCCGUAUCUACAACGACGACGCGAUCCAAGGACUCUCGCUACAAAGGCAAGCGAGCGUAUCCAUCGAUUCCUAACCAACCGUCGGAAGCAAGUGCACACUUUAUGUUUGAGCUAGCCAAAAACGUGCUAACCAAGGCCGGUGGGACUUCUUCAACCUCGUUGUUCACACAAGCCUCGACAAACCAGAAUCAUCAGGGACCUCAUCGAGGGUUACAUAUGUGCGCUUUCCAACUAGGACUGUACGCUCUCGGGUUACACAACUGUGUCAGCCCAAAUUGGCUCUCUAGAACUUACUCAUCGCACGUAUCGUGGAUCAUUGGUCAGGCGAUGGAUAUUGGAGCACCAGCUAUUUCCUUUCUGAUCGACACAUGGGAAGGCCAUCUGACACCGCCGGAAGCUGCUGGUAUGGCUGAUCGUGCCUCUUCUCGUGGAUGGGACAGUAACAUGGUGAAUCCAGCUGCUGAGCUGGCCCUAUCUGUGUUACCACACUCGGCUGCACUAAAUCCAAAUGAGAUUCAACGCGCUAUCCUGCAAUGUAAGGAACAAAGCGAUAGGAUGCUCGAGCGGUCCUGUUUGACGGUGGAAAAUGCUGCUAAAGGUGGAGGCGUCUAUCCCGAAGUUCUCUUCCAAGUAGCUCGCUAUUGGUACGAGCUGUACUUGAGAAAUACCCCAGGAGGUGAACUGGAACUGAACGAACAGCACGAAUACUUUAGCGUGAAUCUUAUGUCACUGAUGGAUUCAAGCGAAAUGCAACAAGCUCAACCACCGCCGCCAUCGAACCCGUCGGUUGUGGUGAGCGCGACGCCACCUCAACCGUACCAGCAAACCGUAACCACGUUGGCUCCUAUAGGACUGGCUCCGUACGGACCCUACAGUUUCCCUUGCCAGGGAAUAUAUCAUCAGAACCUUCCCUACCACGCCAACCAAAUGCAAAUGUAUAUAUCGACACCUCCGCAAUUCCAAUACCCUCCUCCACCUCCGCACAAUAACCCUCCCCAGCAGCCGCCGGGAGCUUAUCAACCACCACUGAAUGCUGGCUACCAGCCCAUGCAGCCACAUCCAUCCGUGCCACCACAGGGCUACAAUCCCCAGCAGUACCCGCAGGUUCCUGUUCAGGUACAGGUCCCUCCUCCGCCUCCGAACCAGCAACAACUCCAGCAGAACAUGCAAUACUAUGGACCACAAGCUGUCCCGAUGCAACAGCCUCCACAGUCUCAGCAACCACCUCCACCACGGCCUCAACCAGGACAUGGUUAUCCGCCGUAUGCCGUUCCGCCAUCAACUCCUCCGGUACGGCCACGACAUCCGCAUCAAUUUACGCCCACUCAACUGCGAUAUCUGCUAGCGGCGUACAAUGCCGGCAUGCUGGCACUAGAGACACUCGCACGCCGCGUACAUGACGAUCGACCACAGGCCAAGUAUGCUCGUAAUCCACCCUACGGCGAAGAUGUUAAAUGGCUGCUACGAAUCUCGAAACGACUCGGAACUCAGUAUUUGCAUCAGUUUUGUGUCUGCGCAGUGAACUCCAUCGUAUCGCCGUUUGUGCUGCAUGAGGUGGCAAUCGAAUCGGCAAACUAUCUGUCCCGAAACAACCCCGGUCUGGUGAUGCAGCACCUGCGAACACCACUGGCACCCUUGAUGCAAAAAUGUCAGCAAAUGUACAUACAGUGUAUUCACCAGAAGCUGUAUCAUUUGACUGUAGCGGAUUACGAAGAGUUUACCAGCACCAUACUUUCGGCGAGAAAUGCAUUCCAGAUUACACCCGAAGGCACCGCUCAGUUUAAAGACUGGCUGCAAUCAAUCAAGAGGUCAAAAUCCUGCAAGAAAGAACUGUGGACGCAAAUCAACGCCGCCCUUAACUCCAAAUGACAACGACUAGAGUCGAUCGGUUCCGAACUGAACAGUCUGUCUUCGGCUACCGGCCACGUUCCCAAUGCAUCGGUAGCAGCAGCACCAGCCGGCGCACCAGCAUCGGCGAUAGCGACAACAUCACCGACGCUACCCUUGUCGGUAGCUUCAUCAUCUACUGGACCAUCGACUCGACAGGCAACCAACGCAAUGGUUACCAUCAGUAACCGAGUAAUUGUUGACGAUGAAAACAACGUCAAACUAUCCACGGUAGCACCAACAUCGUCCACAACGGUAGCCACACUACCACCGUCGGCAUCGGCAGCAAUUUCAGCUGCUGCAGUUGCAGUGGCAGCCACAGGUACCCUAGCUAGUAUGAAACAUCUGGGUCACAACCCGGCAGGUAAUCAUAGAAGCGUCAACGGCAGUAAUCUGUUGUCCCAACAAUCGCAACAGCAACCGUUUCAUCAUCAACCACCCUCAUUAUCCCAUUCGCUAGUUCAACCCCCUCCCCAACCACAACCCGGAACAAUGCCCCACUCUACCUUGGGAGGUCCGUCUCAACACCAUGCGCCUCCACCAGGACAGUUACCUUCCUCCUUCCACCAUUUGCCACCAGGGGUAUCCGCUACCGCUGGUUCCACCGGUGGGGGUCCCACGCCCGGGGGUUCAAAUUAUCACCAUCAUCAUCAUCACCAUCAUCAGGCUGCAGCCAUGCUAACACUGGCGGUCAGUAAUCCAUCAACUGCGCUGCCACACCAGCACCAUCAGCAGAAUAUCAACCUAAACGUGAAUCAUCACGUGAUCUCCGCACCAAUCGUGGUGGACUUUUCCAACAUGACCGUCAACUGUGUUCAGCUAGGACAGGAAAACCAACACAGCACCGUUCCGGUGGGGCCAGCCGGUCCAGCAAUGCCCCCGGGCGUCGGCAGGCUGAAGUAGACGCUGUAAAGGUUUUAGUUAAAACAAAACUAACAAAAAAAAGAAAGUAGCAACGGAUUAUUCUCUUAGAGGUUAGGUACUUUUAGGUUUUUUUCCGGCUAGCGCUAAAAUAGUAGAAAAAAUAGUGUCAAAUCAACGACGGGGAUCAUCGUUAGCAUUCGCGUUGGUGGCGAGGCAAAGUAAUGCGGAGUUUUGGGGAUGUUUUGCGUACUUCCUGUUGUAGAUGAAAGGUCAUUUGCUGCAAAAUUCGGAAUCAUUAUUUUUGUGUGGUGAAGAUAAGAAUGAUUGUAUUUUUGGGACUCGGCAAAAAGACAUUUUCUAAAGCACCCAUGGCAAAAGUGGAUGUUUAUCUUGCACAAUUAACCAUGUUAGUCGACUGCUUUUAGACAGCACGGUCAGAGGCAAAUGUUGAUUGUGUACUUGAAACCGAGCCAAGAAAACGCUUUCUUUAAUGGAACACUGUCCGUUAGCAAGGAUAUAGUGAUGAACAGACUUUGACAGCAAUCAACAUGAUGAGCCUAGACGCUAAGGUGCAUGCUCUAGGACAUGUCCAGGAGCACUUCAGUCUAGAUUCAUAAUUAUUGACUGCUCUAAAAUUUAAAGCCGUGAAUUAGAAAAAUAGAGCUAACUUUCUCCAGCAGCAGUUUUAGGUAAAUUAGUUAUGGAAUUUGCGGUUUCGAUUUCGUGUCAUCAGUAUCCAACACUAACUUAGUGAUAGGACUCAGCUAGCGCUGAAUUGACGCUAGCUCCAUAAGAAAAGAAAAAUAAUUGUGUUCCUGAGAAAACCCACAGUCAAGCGUGAUGUCUCCCAAAAUUUAGGUGGUUUAGAAUUCUACGAAACUCCAGAUGUUGGCGUAAAAGAAAUUGACCGCCUAGUAGAGGGCUGAUGAAAGUGCGCUAAAUACAGCUACACUACCCAUGAUCGCAUAUUUGUGCCGUUUUCUACGGGAUUUCCAAUCUUUAUGGGACUGACUUGCGAUCAUAGGCAGUACAUAGAUAACCUGUCUCGUGAUCUGAUCAGAUUUUCGAUCCCAGAUUUUUACAGUUGUAAGUAUAUUCAAAACAUUGAAAAUUGCCUAUUUUUCAGCGAUUUUUGGUUUCAGUUUGUACAGAAAAAAGGGGUCGAAGUUUUCAUUGUCGAAAAUGGAGCGGAUUUCGAAAAAAGAUGUUGGCAACACCGAGGUAUUGCUCGCCUCUUGAAAGAUAGACAACUUGUUCCUGUCCUGUUUUGCGUGACCCAAAGGCAUGCAACGGUUGGACGCCCAGUAAAACUACCACCGUUGAUAAUAGUCAUAUCAAAACACCUUCUACUAUGAACCCUUUCAAACCAGCAACGAAGAUCAGGGAUGAGCUAAUAUUAUCUGUUCUAUGACCAUAAAAUCGAUGUUAUUCAGUGGACAACAAAAUAUAUGGCUCUUAAAUCGGUAGAAAACUUGCGGUAGAUCGUAAAAAAAAACAAAUUAGUUUGCGAAAAAUCACCAAAGUGCACACGAAACAGCUUUGUUACUUCCCGCACCUUAUCUUACCAAUCAGUCUAAGGCCGUGAUGUCUUUUGCUGUAUCGAGAAGUCGUCUCAAGUUGACUCGGUCCCUGACUGUUUGUUGUCAGUCUUGCAGCACACGAAGACUCCUCAGGCCCCUACAACUUAGUUGAUUCACGUAGCACACUGUGCACCUCUCCUCCCUGUACUUGUCAGACCAGUUUCGAGAAUCAUUUUAACGGGUUGUUGUACGCCAUUCUGACGACGUAUCGAUGUGCGAACGAUGCACCGCCAGCAGCUUCGAGUACACGACCGCUGUCAGUGGUUUCUCAAACAUAGAAAAUUCAAAACGUUUGCAGCACCGUCCAUAGCGUACCGCAUAUUUGGUGGUUAAGAGUCAGCUAGUGCUACCGGAUUCCUUUGCGAAGGAGAUCAGGAAUUUGCGCAGUCGGAGAAACUUCUGAACGUUGCUAUUGAAGGUGAGAAAUGCACCACCGAGAGCUGAUCCAUUGGAGAGGUUGAACAGUUUCGGGAUAAGGGUGAAACAGUUAUGCGACCAUCUUCAAGCGUCGGGACUCUGCAACCACCUAAACAAUCCGAUGUCGGUGGAACAGCACAAAUUUCCGCCGAGCUACAAACUGGAUUGGGUCCGCAUAAGCGACGAAAGCAAGGAACAGUCCGUUGCGGAUGUUCACGAAUUUCACCAAUUAUAUCGUUUCCAAUGUGUAAUUGGGACCGGAGUUCUCGACGUUGUCGAGCAAGGGGUUCGUUGAUCAUCACGACGUGGAUCAGAUGAAGCCAGUGGAACCAUGCUGGAUCUGUAAACGAAUGGAUCAUCUCGUCAUAUAUUGUUACGAGUUCAAGCGAAUGUUGUAGUCAGAUUGAGAAAGGCUGAUCGGUAUGUUGUGUUUGCUCGAACAAGUGCGGGAACAGUCGAUGGACCUUGAAGAUUCGAUGUUUGGCGCAGAACAUUUUGCAUCUAUAAUUUUUAAUUAAAAAGAUGGAUUUUGGAGAAAUAUAAAUAAAUAACGUGUGGUUACGUUACCAAUCACAAAUCAAGUGAUCGACCAAGUUUAUUCCCGUCGACAGUAAAGAUCGUAUGUUCACUUAUGACAGCUGAAAAUGGGUUCGGACUUUUACGCCCACUCCUGUGCAACCCAUACACACUUAUUUGUGAGUUAUAAUGAUUCAUUACAGCAUUGAGUGGAGGAAUCGCUUCGGCUACAGAAGGUAGAUUGUAAUGCCACCGGAAAGGCAGAUAGUGCGGUUAUUUUUCCCAUGAUGCCAGUGACACUUGAUGUUGCCAAACAGCAGUUCUAUACUUCUGCGUUUUUCGACAAAGGAUCGUCGGCUAUGUUGGUGGAUGAUCUGGUGUCCAAGUGGCUGGAGGCCGACGAUACGUAAGAGCCGUUAUUAGUGACGUAGACGGGCAGCCACUUUGAGAACGAUUCGAGGAAGGGAGGAUGAAGUCGGCGAAGCGUUCGAAGGAGAAGUUUCCGCUGUUCAACACACGAACGGUAUCAGAGUUGGCGCUGCCGAAGUACGAUUCGCAGAUGUGGUGAAAAAGUAUUCUAGUUGGUGUUCUGGUGAAAGACUAUCCGUCAGCAAAACCGAGAACAUUGCUCCAUUUAUUUACACCGCUGGAGUCACGAAUCGGUAAGUUGAACGAACCUAUUGCCGUACAGUCGAAGAUAGGUUGGACAGGAUACGGUUCAGAGAACCGAAAAUGGAGUGCGCACACCUACCUGAGCCUACACUCGAUCGUUGCGGAAGGCAACCAAGAUCUCCGUGGCAUGAUGCGAGACAAUAUAUGCUGGAUGAGACAGCGAUUGCGACGUUCGCUGUACCGUAAUCGAUGGAGGAGAAAAUGACUCCAGAGAUGCUUGAUUUGGCGACGAAGCAAGUGGACGAUCGCUUUAAAGCGGAAUUAUUGUGACGUGACGACAUAAUACGACUCUUCGGCAGUUACUCGAUGGCUGUACGCAGGAAGAAGACUGGAAGAGUCCAAAUUUGAAGAAAAACGUGUACCAGCAGAUCGAGAACUAUCAAGCCAAAUUAUAGGCACUCACGGCAAGUGAUGCUGAAUCGAAGGGUACGCCGCGAACUGCUACGUGGUGCUUACUGCUCAAUAACGGGAUGAAUCCGGAGAAACUGGGAAAGGUGCUUCUGGUCCGGGAUGAUGUAACAUCAGACAAUGCAGUCUCUCUUAACUCAAAGCUAUUUGAAAGUGAUCUGUAAUUUUUGAGAACGGCCAAUGUCCUUUGGAUGUGACAUUCAAGAAAUGUAUCAUCAGAAUGGAUUAGACCCGAGGAUAAGUAUGUUCAGCUCAAUUUGUAAAGUAUUUAAACACAGCAGAUUUUGUGGAAAAGUACCAUAAAGCGGUAGAAGCCAUCGUGAAGAGUCAUUACUACGACAGAGUGGAUACGAUCGAAGAAGUGAUCUAGCGAAGUGAAAUACUUCCAUUCCUUGCGUGUGGAGGAUUUUGGAUCAAAAACCCUGCUAGUUUUUUAACAGAUGGGAGAAAAGAGUGUAGAUUCCAGUGUGUAUUGCAACCGGAACAAGAACACCGUAUACGAGAGUAUGCUAGGCGUUGUUUGGGACCUGGUUGAAGACGAGUGGCUUUGCACCGUUGAAGUGGAUCCUGGCUGCGGUUCUUGCGGUACGGCUGUCACGAACAAUCAAGAAGAAUCACAACUACACGAUCAGUAGAGUAGUGUUGUAGUGGAUCGACGCAGAAAUUGUGUCGGUCUGAUCAGCCCCGCUACAAGAAAUGUUGCAGUGAUUUUUGACGAAGCUGAAGGACAGACUGGCAACGGGCUUCGACGAGACUAAAUAUGGCGAAUCUGGUGAUCAAAUUGAGUAAAGGUCCGAAGAUACUCCCCUACAGCCCGUGGUAAGUGGGCAGCAAUUUUUGCACAGCAGUGCGGAAAAGUAACCGAAGAGAAAAUUACCUCCGGCUAACACUACAGAGGAACUUCGGGUUUCAUUUGUUGCUGAAGGAUGUUAAAGUGGAACAGGCUAUUGUGGACGCCAAUCGCUUCUUGAACUGGACAAAGCUGGUAAGGACGAUUGCAAACUGUAAUUUUUGUUGCGGGAGACAUGCUAAACUUUCGUCCGAUAACGUACGUUUCACAAAAGUCUGACGAAGCGGGUGCACUUAUUCCAAACUACUUUUUGCGGGGACUCUCCUGAAUCUACCGGGCGUAAAUCUUUGUUCAACUUAUCCAGCGGUGGCGCUUCGAGACGCGUUCCAGUGAUCCCAGCAGUUGUUCAGCGUUCUGUGGGAACGUUGGGCCAAGAAGUACGUUCCUUCGCUGAAUCAUAGGAGAAAGUGAUACAUUAAUAGUAGGAUAUAUGGUCUACGUAGUCGAAGCUAGUAAUCGGAAGUGCUGGAUCCGUGGACGGUGGACUGAAACAUAAGUAAACAAACUAUAAGAACAAAAUAGAUAAAAUAGCUAUUAUAGAACUGAAAUGGAUAGAUAAUUAAUUGGAAUGGGAAAAUGAUUUGAAUUCAGUUAACAAAUUUGAGCUGCACAAUAACGGUUGAUUUACGAAAAUAUUGUUUUUACCUACGAUCCGAACAAGAUUUUGACGUAGGACUACGUCUUUGUUUUCGAUAUGGGGGUGCAUGUUGCAAAUUCAACAGAAAUGGUAUGUAACGAAAAGUGGUCAGGUUUUAAACGCUUAUAUUACAGCCAUCUCGCGAUAAAUUGUCGGAAUUUUUGCACAUAUCGAUCAGAAAGGUUUCUAUUAAAAGAUUCCAAUGGAUAAACACAUAGAUUCAGUGCUGCGAAAAUUCAAAAUCAGUUACCUAUUUCUACUUGAAUUUACCGAAGCCAACAUUAAUAUUCACCGCUUCCCUCAUUAAUUAACUUUCCAGCUGACUGAAAUUUCAUGCAGAAUAAAAUGCUUGAGUGCAGAGGAAUCAUAAAUUUCUUCAUCAACCAAAGCAUUUACUUGUUAUUAUGUGGACAGCUUGAAGGCAGACAUUGGCAUCUUAUACAUUUUCGAGCAUAAGUAAACUGCGUAAUCUAUAUCUGGUGCACUUUUGUUCAAUAAUCCCCCCGCAGAGCUAGUAUAGGAAAAAAAUUCAGUUUGCUUCUGAAACCAAAUAUAUCCGAGCCUGAGUGUGCUGUAUCGGGAGAACGAAUGACGAGGGAAACGAACCAAACAUUUCAUUCAUCGCGCCGGGCAUGAAUUAAAUUUCGUUUUCUUUCAAGUUCACGCAGGGAUGUCAAUUUUUUUGAGCUCUGCAUAGAUUCUUGAUAUCAUGGCAGGAACAGAUUUGGUCGGACAAGCUCAGUUGCCUGUUGAACUGCAGGCAGAGCACUUCGUUGCGUGCUUUCUGGAGGUACGCUGCGCGGUGCCGUUCAACAGGCCGACUGAGUUUGUCCGAUCAAACAUUAUGCUUUCCCAGCAAAUUGUAUGUACAACCACGAACUCAUUCAUUCGUAUAAAACACGUGCACAAAAUCUAUUGUACAAUCGUGCUACAUAUGCAAACACUAUUAACAUAGCGUCAAUGUACUAAUUGUCUCUUUCACUCCCCCAUUCGUCACUAGCGUUGACUAACUUUGCUUGGUACGUAUCUUCCACAUUGUACAACUGUAUACCGUUCGCUUUCUGAGCUUUCGUUGCGCAGAGAUGAAAAUUUUUUUAGCAAUAACUUCGUGAAUCGAUGGAAAGCGCAACGGAGGUUUAUUAUUUACGUUCAUUGAUUCCACGCCCAUCUACUUUGAUUCUACUAAUACAAAAUUCUACGUGACCCGAUAUAUGAAUAAAAACCACUGCCUUCGCUACAUUUAAAUAUAACUGUGCGGAAUAGAUUUGGUCACUCGACCAAGUUUCCGUUAAGACGAUUGUGUCGUUCUCAGCUUCCGAAAUUGCCAGAAAAAAAUGUGUCUAUUUUGGUCCUUAAUCCACGUACAUUUCGGUAGUAUAUGCGGAAGCUGACCGAAGUAGCACUGCUGAAAUGCGAGAAAUUGUUAGGUACAGCAGGUUCAAAAACAAUGUUAUACACGCCCCUUAUAAUAGGCAGCUCUGCCAUCAACGAUCUUAGGAACGUAACGAUUAUAAAGCAGGAUGUUAGUGGAGAGUUUAUCUGGUUCAGGAGGCGCCGGGACUCCUCAAUGGUUGUCAUUGGUUGUCGCCGAUCUGCAGUAACGAUUGUUGAUUCCUUACUGCUACGCCGACCAAAGUGAUAGUUGCUCCAGCCGAAACGUGUUGUUGGGCUGUUCCAAGAACUCCCUGAACAGAUGUCCGCUUGGUCAAGUUUUUCUUCCAGACAGGGUCCAGUCCAAUUUUGAACGAUAUGAAUGAUAUUUGUGGAACGUCUGUCUGUUUGGCGUGAUUUCUACUGUCUUCCUAGAAGUCGACAGGCCGACUAACUUUGCUCCCAGAAGGAGGAAAGGAGAAGAAGCGAAUACAGGAACGGUUUUCUUUCUGUUUACUCCGGAGUACUCCCAAUGUCUACAGGCACCUCAUUUUCACAGGUUAUAAGCGUUAUUUUCUCUUAGAUAUCAACCGAUUUGACCAAGCUGCGACGAAUGCUAACGAUCUUCUCCUGGUUUUAGCUGUAGAUAAAUAAAAAACGACCCCAAUCUCUUGGUUUAAGUAGAGAAUUUAUUUUAUCUCGUAAUAUUUUAUCGCGAUUAGAACCAAUACCUUCAUUUUUAAAUGGAUUUUAAUUUCGGAAAUUUCAUAUACACAAUCCUUUUUUUUAUCAUCAUACGUAAGUAGAAGAAUAUUUUUCGAAACUAUAUUUUCAACAUUGAAGAAUAACUGGUACUGAACGGAAGGGCCGGAGCAGCUCAUUAAACAAAUUUCUGAUCCACUUAAUAUGUGGUGACCGGUCUGCUCUGCCUUCCACGUCGAACGUUGUACCCAUUAGUUUGCUUUACAACAACAAAAAUUGUGUUCAAUUCUCAACGUUUCAUCCCUCAUCACGAAUAUAGGUCUUGUUUUACGCUAGUAAGUUAACGAAACUCUGUAACACAUAAUAAACACACUCACGUCGAACAAAUCAAGAUGAACGUUUUUCGAUAGGCCGGCGGUUUUUGAGCGGCUGCUCUGACGACCACGUGUGAAUUAUUUUUCGUUUGAUCUGUGAUUGUAUUUUCGCUUACAACUUAAGUGGAAUCGUAAUUUUAAGUCGAUUACUAUCUCUAUAGAAAUGUAUAGUUUGAAAUGGGUUCUCUUUGACCGAAAGCAGGCAAGUAAAUUUUGUUUCAUCAGAUCAAUUUUAUAGCUAGCCGGGGCUAGAGUUUCAGAUAACAUUAAAACAAAACAACACAUAAACUAUCUUAGGACAGAAAACAAAAAUAAAAUUAAUUGUCAAACCAAUCGUCUAAAAUAAUAAUUAGAGUAGCGUCUAAUGAUAGGAACAUGCGAGAUGUUGCAUACGUUUUUAAUUCUUCAUAGAUGUGUAAUUUCCGUGAUUCUGAAUGUAGGUGUUUUGUAGUGAAAGUUUUUUUUUGCCAGAACUACACAUGACGGAAUAUACAGCAGUAGCAAAAAAAUAAAAUAAAAAUAAAGUAAACAGUAAAAGAGAUAGCAAGAUAUUCAAUAUUUUUCUAGUUAUUCAACUAAGAGAACAUCAUUAGCUCCUUAGCUGAACGGAACGUACAGAUCUCAUUUAAAUACAAGUUGCUAACUAAACAUUAACGAUUUGUUGGAUUGAUAGCGAUGUUGGGCUAUUCGAACUAAAAUGACACUCGAACGCGUCGAAAUAUUACACUUGAAAGAAUGCAAAUAUCCCUUAUAGCUAUCACAGUAAAGUUAAGCAAACAAUAAAAAAAAUAUUGCAGGAAGUGUCUUUUUAAGAAUAGAUAUUCAGCAGCAAAAUUCUAGAUAUCGAUACACUCUUUAAUAUUAACAUUCUAAUAGAAUUACAAAUAGUACACAUACAUUUGGAAUGUUUUAGGUUGUAAACAGUUAAAUGAAGCAGAAGAAAAAAUUGUAAAUAGAGUUACGAGCGAAACAGAAAACAUGAUCACGUGUCUUAAAAUUUAGUAGCAGCAUAAAAAUAGAAACAGAUGAAAUUUGAAGAAAGGAAAAGAAAAAUCGUAAACUAUCAAUGUGUCUAUAGAUUGAAGUGACAACAUUCCAGCGAAGCUUUGAACUGAAUUGAAGAAUUAUAUUUGGUUUACAUUGGCUCGGUAAGUUUAAUAAGGCUAAGGCCGCGCUGUCAGAGUGAAUCUUAAUGUCAGUUUUGGGUUACUGCCGUCAGAUAUUUUCGGACUCACGCUGUAUGCCCCUUAAAAGAAUCUGCACUAAUCGUGGGAGAAGUUUGGUUAUAUAUCUAAAAUUAUUUGGCUUAACUUCUAAACUAUAGCCCGGCCAACUGCAACCACAUUCACUAAUCUAAUUUUGUUUAUAGAUCGAUCCUUCUGCAGCUAAAAAUUAUAUAAUACGAAUCUGCUGCUGCUGACCCACAGGAAUACAUGUCAUCAUUGAUUAUAUCAUAAAUCAGCAGGAAGACACGAAUGGUACCUUAUUAAUUUGCGGCGGAUUAACACUUACCUUCUCGAGAACUGUAAAUCAUGGAACCAUGCUUUAAAGGGGGAAUCUAUGGCAGAAACGUUCUUUGGACCCGGCGGUCUACGGUGUCUGUCAUCGUUCUGGUUGAAAUUGACACAAUAGUUUCGGAGUGGUAUUGUGCGAUACUUGGUAACCCUUCGCAGGGCAGUUUUCUAUGGAGAGUCGGUUUUUCCAGUUUCUAUGGAGAGUCGGUUUGUCGAUGGUGAACUUUCUUCGGAACAUGCCUGUCAGUAACGUACACCAGAGCGUUGGGAAUAGUUUGAACUACAAUGUUGUCGACAUCUUCGGGGUCCAGAAUAUUUAACCAAUCGAUGAUGUAAAAAAAGGUCUGCGCUACUACGAUGACCAGCUUUACGGUAAUCGUAGGAAACGGACACCGACAUUGAAAUCAUGCCGAUCAAUGGAGAAUGGUAUGCUACUGGUUUUACUAGAGGGAGUCAUCGCUAUUGAUGUAACAGAAACCCGAUCACUUAGAAACCAAGGAUCCAGGGGUCGGCUAUUUUAAUUGGCCUUCUCAUUGAUUUGUAGGAACAUGGCUGAACUAUAGCUGAGAAUAUACCUCACUUCACCUGAGUGGAGAACGGAAUGGGCAGAAUCCGGAUAAAGAUAUCCACGAAAUGCUAGGGAAAUUAAAAUCGCCUAGUACCAUGAUCUCAUCCAAUAUUAUUGAUUUUAGCGACCUCUAAGUUGUCUCUACUGUCACCAAUGUCGAUAAAUUUUGGCUGUAUCUCUUUGGGCUCAACCCGUUAGUCACAGACGGUGACCUGCUGAAAAUUUUAUCCCGUUGCGUAAGUGUAUCUGAACCAAUCUAUCAAGUACGACUUGUGUCGAAUGGCAAAAAUGUUGCCGGUAUGUCACUUGUGUCCUAUAAAACGACAUGAAAGCCAAAGCACGGGAUUCAUCAUCUUGGCCUGUCGGGUUACUAUUUCGGAAAUUAGAUGUAGAAACCUUCGGGUGCUACGGGCAGAUCACUAGAAAUUAGCAAAAAAUGCAUUUCAUUUCCAUUUUUGCAUAAACUUUGUACUCCCUUGCACAAAAGUCUGCUCAACAAACGUCCUACACUGAUCGUCAUUGUUCGACGUUUUGUUGAAUGUAGGGCUAGAUUUUUGUAGGGUUUUGACGUCUGAUACGCAACGCAAAAUACAUGAUGGAUUUCUAUUUUGAUGGAAAAAAUGCAUUUAAAUUCGCUGAUUUUUGAGAAUGCAUCACAAGCGAUCAACACCUAUUUCAGGUGUUUCCACCAGAGGCGAGUAUUUUAGCGAACUAGUUUUUCCUGCAGAAUAUCGAUGGAGUCGAUAGAGGAAUCUGGAUUUACUACCAGAACGUCAGGGGAUUAAAGCCCAAGAUCGAUGAGAUAUUUUUGGCUACGCGUAAAUCUAACUACGACAUCAUCAUUCUGACAGAGACUGAACUGGAGGACCGCAUCAGCUCACUUCAGUUAUUCGGAAAUUCAUUCAACGUUUUUCGGAGUGACCGAAGCUCCCUAACCAACAGAUAGAAUGAGCUUCGUAGGUGUAUUGAUAGCUGUGGUGCAAGAGCAUGUUAAAUCUUUAAUCGAAACGAGAGACGUCUGCUGCUUAGAGUAAGUGUGUGUGCAAGUGUCACCGUGCGCGGUAGGAAGAUUCUGCAGUGAGGUGGGUACAUCCCUCCCGAUAGAAGCCUAGAUAUGAAUGUCAUUGAUGCGCACAUUUCUUUCGUAAACGACCCAUUUCAUUGGAAACAGUCGUUCAUGUUCUCUGUUUAUAAAAGUGGUGAUCGUCGGAAUGUUAGAAACUACCGGGGCAUAACUAGCCUAUCUGCAGCAUCCAAAAUAUUUGACAUUGUGGAACACUUUCGUACUCUCGCGCACGAAAAGUUACAUUUCCACUGCUCAACAUGGGUUUAGGCCUGGACGAUCUGUAAGCACAAAUCUUCUAGAUUUUUCAUCAACUUGCAUGACGCAGAUGGAAGAAAAGGCAGUGUACACCGAUUUAAAAGCUGCAUUCUCUCGAAUUGACCACCGAAUUUUAUUAACAAAAAUGUCAUGGCCGGGCGCAUCAGGGAAUUUCGAUAAAUGGCUGGAUUCUUACUUGAGUGACAGAGUUCUACGUGCGCAGCUUGGCCCUUGAGAGGAAACUCUCAAUUUACGAACAAAUCUGGAGUCCCUCAUGGCAGCAAUAUGGGACCCCCACUGUUUGUAUUAUUCUUCAACGAUGCUCCUUUGCUGGGUGUAGGAUGCAAACUGGUUUACACAGAUUUUUUUUCGAUUAUAGAGGUUUUGACCUUAAGGUCAUUCGCCUCUUCGGGAUAGAAAAAUCUCUUAUGAAAAAUUUCUAAACCUAUGUGCGGGGUCGGGACUCGAACCCAGGUGCACUGCGUACAAGGCAAUCGAUUUACCAACUACGCUACGCCCACCCCACACCGAUUAUUUGAAAUUGUACCUUGUAGUCCGAUCUAUCAACGACUGCAUCGAUGUUCAAGAUCUUCUAGAUAAAUUCGAUAGCUGGUGUCGCAGAAACUGGCUAAUUAUUAGCAUUGCAAAAUGCCAAGUUAAAACUUUCCACCGCAUGUUCAGUCCGAUACGGUACGACUACCAAAUUGAUGGGCAAAGACUUACUAGAGUUGAUUGCGUCAGCGACCUCGGCGUUUUGUUGGAUACGAAGCUAACAUUCAAUCAGCAUCGCUCAGCUUUAAUUUCUCAAGCAACCCGACAACUUGAAUCUCAUUUUCAAAAUCGUUCGAAAUUUCGAGGAUCCCGAUUGUAUGACGGCGUUAUAUUGUUCGCUGGUUCGCCCACUACUUGAAAAUACUUCUUUGAUUGGAUACUUGAAAAUACUACUGGGCUUGGAGCAAGAAAAACGAAAUCUGGUUCCGAUACAAAACAAUUAACUUGCGGCAAUAGGAAGUUUGGAAGAGCAUUUUUCCACUCUCGCACACAGGACCGGGACAAUUGGUGAACGUUGGUUGCAGUGUUGUGACAAGGAGAUCGAAGGCUUUCAUAAUACAAGCGGCAGAGUAUCUCGGUACCCCAUUGGUCAAAUCUAUCCUGCCUUUGCUGGCCCAAAUUGAAUUCACGAACCAGUACUCCAAUCGGCCAACUAGACGCUUCGAGUGCAACAUCCUUCAGUUUGUCCGGACAGAAACCAAAAUUGAGUUGCGUUAGAUCGAUCUUGACCGAUGAAAUUGCUUUGGAUGUGUCGCUUAUUCCAAGGCAUUGUAGCAAUGUUUUCUUCUUUGUAUGGAUCGUGUCAAAACAGCUCAAAUAGAACCAAAAUUGCUCCCGUUCAUCAGUAACUAUUCUGAUUUACCGCUGAAUGGCUCUAGCACAACAGACUACACCUGCAGUAGUGUUACUUUUAGUACUAUUCUCGCGACUUUAUUUUCGAGUGGAAGUCGCUUGACAAAGGCCUCCUUUGAGCUAAAGAGCCAGAAUUAGCCGGAAAAUUAGUCGCAAUGGGGGUCGAGAGAUUUGAGACGAUCGCGCUCAACUUAGCUACAGCCUCACGCUACUUUUUCGUGUCCACGAUGGAAGCAGCGGUAGAAGUUUAGUUCUUGUGAAAACUGGACAGCUGACAAAGAUUUCAAUCGGCCCUAUUCUGCGCGGCGUGUGACGUGAGGUGACUAAACUCACCUCACUUUACGUGACUAAACUCACCUCACUUUACGUGACUUUUUUUACCCUAUUCUGAGAGUCGACUCGAGUGAGGUGAGAUUCCCCAUUGCGGUUAAAUGGACGUCUCACGUCACCCGAAGUGACUCUUCAGAAUUGGGUGAGAAAAGCCACUUAGAGUGAGGUGAGUAGUCGUCUCACGUCGCACGCCGCGCAGAAUAGGGCCGAAUAAAUGACUAUCAAUACAAUAAGACUUGAAAUGUAGAUGGCGAACGGAGUAAAUCUUUGCUAAACCAUAGAGGAGCAACCCACCAGUAGGAUUUUAUCUCAACAGAUGGUACUUAUGGCAAUAAAGCGGGUGUAUAAAAAAUUGUAUGGUGAACUAAUGGUAGAAAUAGAUAUUUUUAAAGCAGGAGGGUAGUUAUCCAAUGGAACGAUCACACUGGAAGCUUCACUCACAGAACACUCAGGCAAGGUAUUCCUACUGACGAAGUCAAGGUCAAGAAAACGAGAUUGGUGGUUGAAAAUCGUGCUUACUUGAUUAAGACCGGGAAAAGUCAUCCCGUCCAGAAGUAAGCGGUUGGCAAGGUUUGUUGUCGAGGAUAACGGGUUAGGAUAAGCGCAUCCACGUCCAGAAGAAACCCACAUGAGUCCUUCCGCAUUCCUUUUACAGUAAACGGCAAGUUACGGUGUAUAGCCCAGAACAAAUUUUCAACAACCUAUCGAUCGCCAACAUCUAGUUUAACCCGCUUAGCCGCCGCGUCGUUUACUAGGCUAGCUGGUUGAAAUCACCAAGGACUACCAUCACAUCGUUUGCAUCUGCCUGAGAAGUUCGCUUUAUAGAGUCUAGAUGGAGCUGCGUAAUAGAGCAGUCAAGUCAUUUUUCUGGAGCAAUGUAAACAGCUCGAAUAAAGUAGUUCUUCGUCUGCGUAGUAAUUUUCGUCCAAACAGCUUUAGUGCUUGAUGAACUACCCACACCAAAUUCACAGGAGGCAAGUGUGGAAGAAACAGCGAUCAAAACUCCCCCACCGCGAUCAUGGAUGCUGUUACAAGAGCUUCGAUACGCACUAGAAAACCGCCUAAGCAUCCCUGAAAAAUUGAAUCGAUAUAAUACGAUCAUCAAGCCAAGUUUCUAUCAGAACAUAAAUAUCGUAGUCACCGUCCAUAGCCAAGUCCUCGAUUUUCGUCUUUAAGCCUCUGACACUUUGGUAGUAAUACCGCAAACCGUCAGCGCCAAGUGUCUCGAGACACAUUGCAAGGACGUGAUGUACCCGAGGGCAUGCUAGAAACCAGAAGGUUUUCAGAGAGCGGAUCGUCAUUUAAAGCCAAAUACUCGUCUGAGAAGGGAGUUCGCUAGACCCCUAAAAACUUAAGUGCUUAACAACUAUAUUGGUACUGAAACAUUUUCUAUUUUUGGUAUUAUUUACCUAAAAAGCAUAGUCCUCUGAUUAAUGGCAUAAUUGUUCCAUUAGCACAAAUAUUUCUUCGGGGAAAAAUAGAAACUAAUCUGGUUUUUCUCACUUCGAGCUGAAUGUUACUUAGGACCUUUUGAAUAAGUAUUCUCGUUUUAUAUCUUUUUUGUUCCCACAUUUCUUCACUUUUUUUUUUGAAUAUGUGUCAAUUUAAUGAUCCGGGCUAUAACCGUAAAGUUACGUCUCUUGAAUGAAGAUUUUCGCUGUAAUUAUUCUUAUUUGUUAAAUAUUUCGCGAACGUAGGAUUUUUUGAGGACUCUUUUCCAAAUUUAUUCUUCAACUAAAAUGUUUUUUUAAUUUGUAAUUCGCGGUGAGAAAAGUUCUGAGAAAUAAAUUUUCAACAAUAAUCCGCUUAAAAAAGUAAAUAACCUGCAUACCCCAAAAAAUCCUAUUUGUUGGAAAUUACGCCUACUCAUCUUAUUAUUUAUUUAAAGCAUUCGAAUAGCUAGAAUUUUUCCUGCAUAGGAUAAUACUACCCAUGAUCGCAUAGUUGUCCCGUUUUCUAUGGGAUUUCCUAUCUUUAUGGGACUGAUAUGCGAUCAUGGGCAGAAUAGAAGGGUACAGACAGCAAGCUAUUUUUAUAUUCACUAUUUGUAGUAUUUUUGAACAAAAAUCCAAAAUUGUAUAGAACAGUUCAGAAAGAUCUUGCUCAUGCUGGAAUGUUUUAGGAAGUAAAAGACUUACAUUUUGCACCGAAAGUUUAUCGGUUAAGCGGCUUUUCAUUUGGAAAUUUGUCCCAUAUUUUUUGUUUUAUACACGCAUUUCUAAAUCCAAUACCCGAGUUAGAAUCAUCUUAGGUGAAGUAUGUGGACUGUAUAUAGACAAAAAGAUGGAUUACGAAUUAGGCUAAAUUGGCUCAAAUAGGUUGCAGAAAAGGGAAACCAAGUACGUCGAAACAGAUUUGAGACGUCAGCUAACGUAGAUUAUACUACACUUGUGGAAGUAUUCGCCAUGUUUAGAGCAUCAAAUCGACAUAACUCAUCGCAGAACGUGUACAUGCAUGUUCAGCCACAAAUUAGGUUGUCAUCGUUUCACUUUGAUUUUUAUCACUCUGACGUUUAUAGGAAAGAAAAACUGAAAUAUACCUCUAUUUAUUAAAAUAACGAAAGUAAAAUGAAAGCAAAAUACAGUAACUCUGUUAUUUAUAGUGAGGCAGUAAAAUAUAGGCAUUCGAUUACGGAAAAUUUGUGGUAGAAUGUUUCGCUUGCGCGUAGGCGACAAGUUUCUAGCCGCGAGCAAAGCAUCUAUCGCACAACACACGAAAGCACGAGUGAUUGUCUCCGAAACGCAGCAUCCAUUGCAAUAAACCGUCAUAAAACAGAAGAAAAAAAAACUAUGUUUCAACUCAGAGCGUAAAUAUUUAUUAGCAACUUAUAAAUAUAAAGAAAAUCAGAUUUUUUUUCGAGACACUGUUACUAAAUAGUAUACACAUUCAAACACAUACACACAUGCGCAUACUGGAUUCAAUCUGUGACUCUACGUUUAAUUUCUGUUUCGCCAAUCUACACUAGCAUUAGUUGUUGGAAAUGAUUCACACCGUCUCACACCGUUACCUGUUCAUCGCAUGUUGCACAACUGGACAGCUUAUCGAAACAUUCAUUUUGAUUUUGAAAAGACAAGAAGAACAAUUCACACAUACACACACUCUACAAGAUAAGUUUACACAAUUUUUCGAAGGGAUAAAAUCAGAACAUAAGUAGAAUAAUUAAAACUUAAGGAAAUACAUAUUUAAAAGUUCAAUAUACAUAUACACAGAAAAAUAAAUAUAUAUACACACAUUACACAUACACGUACAUCUAUAUAUUGAAAGAAAAGCAACAAAAUAUUACAAUAUAUAUAUUUGAAGAUGUAAGUCUGCGAGUUUUUAACAUAACUGUAUGAAAUAAUAUGAAAUAAACAUAAAACCUAAUCUACAACAUUAAGACAUUAUCGAACAGGAAAUAUAUUGCAAACAGAAACAAGAAGCGAAGCGAAAAAAGUAAACCGGUCGCCUCGACACAACACACAUUCGCCCGAAGGGUAAAACAUCUUUUGAAACCGAACUCACUCGCGCUGUAUGUCGCCGCCUGUAUGGUGAAUGUGUAAGGUUUAGGCUAGCGGCUGAGGUACACUUUGGCGGCCGUAAAAGGAAAUUAUUUGAAAAUAAAG